UCUUUUUCAAGCGUUUCUUGAGUAAGCAUCGAUUUUUACCGUCCCUUGUAUAACACACAACAUUUUAAAAAUAAAGAGAAAGUAAAAAAAGGAAAAAAAAAGAAUUAAUAAAUAAAAAAUAUAAAAUUUAGUAAUUAAAAGUGAAAAUUAUAUUUAAAACGAAAAACACAACUCAAAUCGUACGUAUAUACGGAAAAGGCAAAAAAAUAAAAUCCUUUUCGUAAAUAUCCUCUGAAUAUUUAACCAAUUUAAACUGGAUUAAAGUAAAUCUAUUUGAACUAUUUAGGGCACAAAAAUAAAGGAAAAUUUAAUCAAAUAAAAAAAAUAAAUAAAAAAAACAGAAACCAAAAAAAAAAAAGAAAGAGAACUCAAAUUAUACGAAAAAUUGAUGAUAAAAUUGUUUUUGUGUUUUUAAUAUUUAAUAUCCUUUUGAAUAAUUUAAAAAGAAAAUUUGCCUAAAAAUUGCCAUUGUUAUAAAAUAUACAUAUGAAUAAUAAUAUAAUAUAUAAAUAAACCACCAAUAAAAAAAACCCAUACAUAUGCGUAAAAAAUUUAUCAUUUUAUAUGUUUAUUUUCUAUUUACGUAUUUAUGUAAUACAAAAACAUGUACAUGCAUAUUAUAUAUUUAAAAAUCUAAAUAUAAUUUAAGGUUUUUAUAAAGAAAAAAUAAAAACUUUUACAAAAUUUAAGAUAAAAUAAAUAGGCACUUAAUAUUUUAAAAAUAUUUACAAGUCAAUAAAAUAAAUAACUGAAAGUGAUUAUUUUGAUAAUUAUCGUCUAGCUGUUGAAAAUUUUUAUCCAAAUACAAUUUUGAUAAAAAAAUCAACGAGACAUCAGAGGAUUAAAGAGAAAACCAUCUCAAAUAACCAAAAAGAAUAUUAAUUUCAAUACAAUCACAAUUCCAACAGAUAAUCAUGGUAACGAGAACGAAAAAAAUAUUUGUCGGUGGGCUUUCUGCACCUACAACACUUGAAGAUGUCAAAAGUUAUUUUGAACAGUUUGGACCGAUAGAGGACGCUAUGCUUAUGUUUGACAAACAAACGAAUAGGCACAGAGGUUUUGGAUUUGUUACGUUCCAAAGUGAAGACGUUGUAGACAAAGUUUGUGAAAUUCAUUUCCAUGAAAUAAAUAAUAAAAUGGUUGAAUGCAAAAAAGCCCAGCCAAAAGAAGUGAUGUUACCAGCUAAUUUGGCAAAAACUCGUGCGGCUGGUCGAACUGCUUAUGACAAUAUUAUGUGGGGUCUAGGGACUUUACCAGAAGGAUUUCCUGCUGCAGCGUAUGCUGCAUAUGCUGCCGGUCGCGGUUAUUCCGGAUACCCAAGUUUUGGAUUGCCAUACCCAACAGUGGACUUAACAAACGGCCAAUUAACACCAAAUAACAAUACUCCAUUACUGACACAAGCCCUUUCAGUAAUGAAUAAUUACCAAGCAGCAGCUGCAGCAGCACAAGGUUUUGGGCCGCCAGCCUCUCCUCAUACGACUACUACAAGACAGGGAUUCCCAUCAACGAAUUCACCAGGGCCAACAAUCGAUAUGUAUAAUUCAAGCGGGGCUGACAGCGUUAAUUAUGUACAGGCAGCUAGUCCACAACCGUCAGGAUAUCCGACAAUUGCAGUGAGUCGAGCUCCUUUAAAUUACAGUCCAGGAUCAUUAAUUCCUGCAGCAUUCACGAAUGGAUAUCAUUGAAAAAAAUGCAAUUAUUGGUGUGUCAACCACAAAAGCCAUAAUAAUUUGUGUUAGUGUUUUAUACACAAAUUUAAUAUAGAACAAAUAUAAUUGUUACACAUGCAUUAAAUAGUUGAAAUUCAUACAUAAAACCAAAAAAAUUAAUAAGUUGUAUAAGAUUAAUUUAAAUCAAUUAUGUUAAGAAAGUUUGUCAUUACAAUGUUUGUUUUUGUUUUUUUUUUCAUUUUGUUUUUUAAUUGAUAAUAUUCUCUGAAAAUGGAAUUUUCAAAAUAUUAUAUACAUAUUUUAAAAAUAUAUUAUAAUUAUACAUCACAGAAAUAAAAUAACAAAAGUAUUAUAUGAAAAUGUUAUUUAUACUGCAAAAUAACAAAAAAAAAUUUUAUAUAAAAAAACUAAAUUAGAAAUUUUAGCAAAACUAUUUAAUAAGCAUAGAAAUUAAAAAAAAAACAUCCACAAAACACAAUAAUUAAAAAAAAAUAAAAAGGAAAGUACACUCAAGGUAAAUUUAUAUACAUACAUAGUUAAAAAUUAAAUAUUAAUUAAAAUAUUAAAACAAUCUUUGAAAAAAAUAAUAAUGUUUUUUGAAAAUUAAUAUUAAUGCUAUUAUAUAAUGACAACAAACACGUAUAUGAAAAAAAAAUUAAAACAAAAUACAUAUAAAUAAUUAAAUACACAUAAUGAAUGUAAGUACAUAUUAUAUGUAUGUAUUAUCAAACCUAAUAAAAAAAUAUUUAAUAAGCUAGUCACAAAAAAAAUAAAAUCAAAAAACAGAACAACACGCAGACUAAAUAAAAAAAGAAUUUAUACAAGAAGACAUUAAGAUUCUUAACAUUUUGAAAAAGAACACAAAAAAAAGAAAAGAAAAAGAUAAACAAAUAUAUAUAUAUACAUACAUGCAUUCAUAAUAAAAAACUUUUAAAUCAUAAGAUUUAUAAAAAGUAUAAAGUUGUAAAUAUUUGACAAAUUAAUAAAUGUAUGUAUAUUCAAACAUAUGUAUAUACAUACAAAUUUAGCUAUAUUUGUUACUUAGGUAUAUAUGAAAUAAAAUAAUAGUAAUAAUAAUAAUAUAAUAUAAUAAAAAUACAUGUUUAAUAAAACACACCUUAGCUGUUAAAGAACUUCUACAAACAAAGUGAAUAAAAUUAAACAGCAGAGAAUUUAUAAUUCAAAAUUAAACUUGCAAUAGUAAAUUAAUUUGUAGUUUAUAUAUAAAUACAUAUAUAUAUAAUACAUACCUAUAUAUGUAUAUAUACAACAUCUAUUUAAUUUACCAACAUUAUACUUGUAACAUUAUUAAUAUUUUACAAAAAAAACAACUACUUGAGUAAAAUGGGGAAACAAAAAAAAAUUAAUACGUGUAUGCAUUAAUAAUAAAAAAAAUACCUUAAUACAUUUGUAUCAAUUAUAUAUACAUACUUAUAUUUACAUUGGUGUACUGCAAAUCAGUAAAUAUUAAGUUUAAUUAUUAAUUAAAAAAAAGAAAAUAGUAUAAACUAAAAAAAAUUAGUUAAUAGGAGCGAACGCAAUUGUAUGACAUAUUUGAAAUGUAAACUUAUGAAGUUUUUUCUUUUGAAAAAAAUAAAAAAAAAAUGAAACCAAUAAAAUACUCAUGAUUCUGAAGAUAAAAAUCUUCAUGAUUAAAUUUUAGAAUUCAUUAUAUAUAUAUAAUAAAAAAUAUUUAUAUAAAAAAAUAAAUAUUCUUAUAUAUGAGAUACAUAUACAUGUAACGUAUGUGAGCAUAUGUAUAAAUAUAUAGAUAUAAAAAAAAUUUGUAGUAAUUAUAAAUAAGAAUUUCUGUACAUAAAUAUUAUUUACUACAUUGUCAUUGAUUUUAGUAAAAAUAAAAAAUGAAAAAAAAAUAAAAAUGAAUAAAUAAAUGAAUAAAUAAAUAAAUAAACGAUAAAACGAAAUGUAAAUUUAAGAAAUUUAAAGUUUGUGUCAAAUUAAAAAUAAAAAAAAUCCAAAAAGAUUUUGCCUAUAAUGUAUAGUCAAAUAUUUUUUUCUUAAUUUAAAUCCUUAAGUAAAUACAAUAAAUUAAAUAAAUUUCUUUCCAUUUUAUUUUAUUAACACUCAUUAACUGCGCAUAUAUUGUGCGUAUCCCUAUCGCACUUCUAAAAACAAAGAAAAAAAAUAGUUGAAACAUUCUAAAAAUUCUAAUAAAUUUUUAACAUAAUCAUUAACUUGAACUAAUAACAUAAUUUUUUAUUAAUUUAAGUUUAUGAAACAGAAAUUUUUAAUUUCUGAAAAUAAUAUAUCCACAAUAGUUCAAUUUUCAAAAUUCAUAUAUACAUAUAUUUAAAUAUAUGCAUAAGUUAGUGAUGCAAUUGAAUAUGAGGAACAUAUACAUACAUAUAUCUUUUUAUGUUUAUGUAUGCAUAUGUGUACGUUUUAUUUAUAAAAAUUUUUAGUCAAAAGCUUCAGAAAUUAAAAAUGUGAUGUAAGUAUGUAAAAAAAAUUUUCUAGAUUUAAAUCUUAAAAAGAUAAAUUAAAAAAAAAAAAUGUCAAAUGAAGUUUAUUUACAAAAAACACAAUAAAAAUUCACACAUAAGUUCUAAAUUCCUAACUAUAUAGCAAUAAAAAUAAUACUGAUUAAGGAACGAAUUAAAUAAAUAGAAUAAAUAAAAAAAACAAUUCUAAAAUUCCAUAUAUUCUAUUAAACAAUAAGUAAAUUAAAAAUUUGAAAAACAAUUAUAAAAUUUCAUAAAAAUUAUUUGAGUACAAGUUAAAUUUAUGUAUAUGUGGAUAUGUACACAGAUAUGUUGAUGCACUCACAAUAAAAUCAAAAAAAAAAUCACAUACACAACCAUAUAAGUAAAAAACAUUCUUGAGAGACCUGUGUACUCACAUGGGUAUUCUUUCGGAAUUACUUUUUAUUAUAUUGGAAGUUAGUUUUUCCAUACCAUUACAUCUAAUUUUUGUGUAAAAAUUUUAAGAAUUUUUAAGGGGCGAGGAUCUCUUGAUAAAUUUUUUCUUAAAUCAAGUAAAAUUUAUAAAAUGCAUGUACAGUGCGUCUGGAGAUAUGUUUGACAAUUUUAUUGCUGAUUCACAUUUUCCAUUGACUAGAAAAAAAGUCUGAAAUCUCGCUGGAACCUUUCGAACAAUAUCCGUCAUUAUCAAAUUUUACAACUUUCAAUUAUAGUAUCACACGGCUUAGACGGGCUUAAAAUUUGGUAUAACUUUCGAACCGAAAAAACCGUUUUCUAAAAUCAUCGCGAAACGCAAAGCUGUACAUCUUUGUGAUGUACAGUAACAAAAAAAUUUGAGCUCUUUUUGUAAAUACAUAA